CCUUCUUUCUCUUCUCUCUCUCUCUUUUCCCCUCUUCUGGCUUCGAAUUAUCGGGUUUCUUCUUCUUUUUUGUUUCGAUUUCCUCCAUAUCGUAUAUGAUCUUCUCUGGGGUUUUCAUGUACGUUUCCGAAAAUCUUUGCAAAAAAGAAUGUGGCUUUUCAUGUGUUGAUUUUGGUGGUUCAUAUAUGCCUCAAUUCCCUCUCCUUUUUUCCUGUUUUCUGCGUCGGAUUCGUUGUUCCUCUUUGUUAUCUUCUGCUGCCGAGCUUAUGACGAAGUAUUUCGUGGGUUGAUCUAGGGUCCCAAUCACGGUUGAUUGUAAGUGACGAGGAUAAUGGGGUUUUGCCUACCAAGUGUUCGAUGAAUUGUGAAAUCCACCUGACGAGCUCUAAACCCGAGUCAGAAAUGGAGGAUUCGGCGAAAAGGAGGGAACUGUUACAAGCAAUGCGCGCAGAAUUUGCUCAGACCGAUGCUUCUGCAGAAACUUCUACAGACACAGGUCACCUCUCGAAUCCAUUGGCUGAGACACCCGGAACAUUCCUGAUUCAGGAGACGUCAUAUCAAACCCAAGGGUUCGAUUUUUACAAGGACCCUAUAUCUGCUUUUUCUAGCAAGAAGAGGAACAAAAAUAACGGGCGAACAGAGCUAGUUUCUCAGUUUCCACUGUCUAUUCCAGGAUCCUUGGGCAACAGUCAUGUCAGUUUUCAAGCAGGUCACUAUGUCUAUGAUAGCGGUAAUCCUCAUAUCGGCCCGAGAGGAAUGGCACAUCCAUCUCCUCUAUAUCACGGGACACCGCAAUUGGAAGGUUGGAAUAAUUUUAAAUCUCCAACCUGUAAUUUCCGUCCCUUCCAGAGCCCUCGUCCAGUGGCUGGCCCUUUCCCGAGCUAUCAAGGAAACCCUGAUCCCAGGGAUAGAUUUGGAGGCCGAGGAAACUUUAAUCGACCCUUAAACCCUGAUUAUGCUCCACCAUUUUCCAAUUAUGUACGGCAAAACCCUUAUUCAGGGGGAAGAACAGUUCAUGGUUGGGGAAGAGGCAGGGGUGGUGGACGGAAUAUGAAGACGGGCUUCUGUAGAAACGAAGGAAGGCAACAGAAAUAUGAUCAUGUGGCUUACCAAGCAGCAGGGCCUGAACGUUUUUACAAUAACUCCAUGGCCGAGGACCCGUGGAAGCAUCUCAAGCCAGUCUUGUGGAAGAGAUGCUCGGAUGCUUCGAGUAGCUUCUCAACCCGCCGUCAAGCCUGGCUUUGAAAAUCCAUCGCCCCGAAAAAACCUGCAGUCCCUGAAUCUUCCGACAAUCCGAGCAAUUCCAGGCAAAACCUUGCAGAGUACCUCGCGGCUUCUUUAGACAAAGCUACCUGCAGCGAGCCAAACAUUUCGUCAGGACAGUUUCCUCGGAAAGAGCAAACUGUCCGAGCAUUGGAUUCUAUCUGGUUGCUUGGAAAAUCAACAGAUUGAAUUAUUCCCGAGCGGUUAUCGUUCCAACGACUUGGAAUCCCUUCCGGGUUCGGAUUUGCUGGACAUAUUGGAGUAGAUUUUCGUCCCGAGGGUGACAUCAAGUAGAGGUGUAAAACGGGUUGGUCUGACUUGCCACAAGUUUGGUUUGUGACGAGUUGGUUUGUUCAAACUCUUUUUUUUUUGCGUUCAAAUUUUUUGGGCCUAAUUCGGAAAAGUAUGGACUGAUUCACAGAUCAAUCCGCAAGCUGAAUCCAUUUUGACAUCCCUAACA